AAAAUGUAUUUAUCACCAUUACGACGACCACCACCACCACCAUCAUCAUCAAUAUUAACGUUGUUGUUAUACAUUACAGUUAACGUAGCACGUGCAUCUGUAAAUAAUGAAUAAAAUGUAGUAGACAUUUUUUAAUUAACAAGCAAUAAUUGAAAUGAAUUCAGUUUAAGGAUUGUCACAGUUUACAGCAGAACGUGUUAAUACAUAAAUCGAUUACUCCGGAAUCCUGUCGGAAACGUUCGCCAUUGGAUCGGAGCGAAAAGGCGUGUCGCCAGCUUGACUGACAGAGCGACGAUUAAGCAAGCUAAAAAUAGCCAAGCUGCUAGGGGAUUUCCUCUGUCACACACACGUCCUGGUCUUAGCUGUAUAUAUACUCUGACCGUCGUGCUGUAUCUCACAAGAAACACGGCUAUAUAACGAGACACUUACUAAAACAGUAAUUAAGUCUAGAUUUUUUAUUUAUCACGAGAGACUGUUGAGUGACAUUCACUAGUUUGAAGCAAUCGUUAAACGAAAAGAAACUUUUGACUUCUAUUUGGAAACGUUUCACUUUUCCUUGCUGUUGUUGAUUUAAGAAGAAAACAAAUUCUACAAUUCGAUAUAAGAUGGAAUUCCUGAAGCAGUUUUUGGUUCUGUGCAUGUUUGUGGUUUGCCAGAUGACACACGGUAUACCCAUUGGAUCGCAGGAACUGGAACGCGCUGCACGUUCAACAUCCACGUGCCGGACGCCGGACAAUUUGGACAGUUUGCUGACCAGCGUUAACGAAAUUACGGACGGCGUGACGUACCUGAGAAGCGUCAACUGGACGGGCACGGACAUGUUCCCAAACGAGCUGAACAUCGACGAGUUCUCCAAGGCUCUGACCCAAUUCACGGACAACACGGUUUGCACGGUCGCCAACACCGACAAAGACGCUCCGAUCUGGGCCCGUUCGCUGUGUCCCUGGUCGUACGAGGUGCAAUCGAUGCCGGACUACUACCCCGGCCACAUGGUGCAGGCGAAAUGCAAGUGCCAGAGGUGCGUGGAAAACAACGUGAACGUCUGCGAACCAGUCAAGACGAACAUACGGGUUCUCAAGAAGUCUGACGCCUGCAUAGACGGUUUCAACAUCUACAAGGAGACCACGAUCGAAGUGGCUGUGGGAUGCGCAUGCGCCAAACCCUUGGUUACCACUGCGACGACAACACCUCCGCAAGAAGCAACUCCACCGAAUUACGAGUACAUUAAUUAAGUGCACGAGACGGUACCAGUCGAAACUCUGUGCAAGUUAUGCACGUCAUGUUAGUGCGUAGUCAGUAUCUGACCGUAUCAUACAGCUUUAACAUAGUUUACCGCUUUACCGUAAUGCAUUUUUAUAUACUGUAAUACUAUAUUAAUAUACCGUAGCGUACUGUUAUGUCGUGCCGUAUUAAUAUAUUAAUAUACCGUAGUUUACUGUUAUGUCGCAAUGUAUUAGUAUAUUAAUAUGCCAUUAGUGUUCUGUUAUGUUGUAGUGUAUUAAUAUUAUUUAUUAAUAUAUUAAUAUACCGUAGUGUACAAUAACUGAUGUAAAUAUAUACUGUACUUUCUUUCUUAAUUUAUUGUUCUAUUUUGUGAUUGUUUCACAUGCUGUUUAUUUUGUUAUAUUGUUGACUCUAGUAAAUGAAGAAUACUCAUACUUAAAGACGUACAUGCACAUAUAUUUAUUGAAAUGUUUAUAAUCCAUUUUCAUUUACACGUGUAGCCAUUUUUCUUGCCUACCAGAUAAGCAUGGGUGUGUUAUUCUGUCUGUAUAUGACGUCGUGCAUUUAUAAUGCUUAUUCCGGUUGUGUUACAAGCGUUGUGGUUUGAUAUUUCGAUAUUUUAAAAUUAAUUAUCAAUGUAGUUGGGUAGGCAAGAAAAAUAAGUCAUCAACUCUCAUUAUCAUAUAUUCCUAUUAAUGUAUGCGUGUUUAUUCAGGAUAAUGUAGGUAAUUUAUUGACCCCAUCUCAAACAUUAGUUAGCACAUACGUCAUGGUUAAUUUAUUUGUACAUACAUGUAAAUGGCAGACAGCACAUAAUAACUGUUAUAUAUAUACGGUGUAGAUGCAAUUUUUAUCCAUCAUUUAAAUGCCCUGAAAUAGGUGUUUAUUUCAGUUGUCGGUUUGUUGAUUCCUUUUGUUUGUACAUGCCAGUAUAUUUUGUCUAUACGCUAAUCUCUAGCUUUUAGAAAUGUACGUUCAUAUUGGAUUUCAUCUUAAUGUAGUUUACUAUUAUUGUUUGAUUAUCAUUGCAUUUAUGUUGUGUUUUAUGUUCACAUGUGAUAAGAGUAUUAGUGUUAGUAAAUACUGUCUACGUAACCAGGUGAUGCAUUUGCCUUAUACCGCCAGAUAUCAGUAUUCUUUACGUUAUUUAUUGAAUGUUUAAAAUUAACCUUAUUUUUAUAAAUAAAAAUUAAACUGAA